UUGCUGUCAACGUUUGUCAGAGUCAGAAUAGUUGUUUGCGUUAAUUCGAUCAAACUCUUCAAAAAUAUUCUGGUUUACUCGAGUUAUUCUGUUUAGUCUUGUUGAAAUACACGAAAAACCAAAGCUGAGCUUUAACUAAACAAAUAUGUUGCGCGCAUUAGUCUCGGUUAGCCAACGUGCCAAGGCUCCUCAAGCGAUGCUGCUGAUGAAGGGCAUGGAUCCUGGAUUGCUGGCACAGAUUAAGCAGCGUCAGUCCAACGUUCUGGCUCGUCAGUUAGUCCGCAGCUUUGCCAGCGGCAAUGACAGCAUCAAGGGAGCAGCCACUGGCGUCCCUCAGGGAGGCAUAAUUGGCAGCAUUGGCGGAAAUGCAACGACUAUGGGACAUGCUGCCGGCGAUGCAACUGCCUGUCAGGUGCAGACUGCAUCCUUUGGCAAUGCGGGCUCGGGCGCCGGCGAUGGCUGCAAAUCAAAUGAGGGUAACACCAAGGCAGGCACAAUUACAUCCCAAUUGCAUACAACUUCUACGCUUCCAGAGUGCGGCAACAUUGGCACUGUUGAGUCGACAGCAGCUGCUGCGCCGAAGAAAACCAAAAAGGCCAAGGCGACAGCAUCGUAUUCCAAAGAACCUACCACUGAUCGCGCAGCAUCUGUCGGCAACAUGGCCGAUGAUGCAGUGAAGCAAUUGCAGGAAGUAGCUGCCAAUUUGCCCAGCAAAGCGCAGGUGGAGAAGUUUGUCUUUCGCGUCUUGGCUUUUGUUUAUGAUAUCACCUAUCUAACGGGCACCUGGACCAUACGCUUUGUGGAUGAGAAGAUCUUGCGGAAUGCCACAGUCCAGUACUAUUGGAAGCGAUUCCACGAGAAAAUGGAGCAGGCAAAGAAGGACUAAACAUUGUCAAUGGUUUUCGCAAACAACAAAUAUUCAUGAAUUAUAAGCAACACGAAUCACAUACAUAAAUCUCAAAUUUCAAGAUCCAUA